AUGAGUAAUAGUAACAACAACGACGACAAGAAGAUGAAGGUGACUGUGGGGAUUGAUGUGGGUACCGAGUCUACCAAGGUGGUGCUUGGCUCGUCCCUUUCAUGUGAAAUUGUCCGUUCCGAAGCCGGUCUCCACACCACUCCCACGGCUGUUUCAUUUAGCGGGAAGCUCCGUCACAUGGGAGAGACGGCGAAUCAAAAAGGCAGCAACUGCAUCAUUCAUUUGAAUCGAUUGUUGUCACUGAAGGAGAAGGAUGACUUGUUGAGUAAUUUUUACACGUUUCAAACACAACAGACAGACAAUGACACGACAGUGGUGACGGUAGACUACAAUGGCGACUCCAACACGCAGUUUUCGGCAUCGGCCGUGCUGGCCAUGUUGCUCGGCAAGAUUCGUUUGAGUGUCUUGGGCACUCUGCAACGAAUGCAAUCGGAUGCUACGGACGUCCAGUACAUGUUGUCCAUUUCACCCGACAACACCACGACGAGUCGGGAACAACUCUUGGAUGCUGCCUUUGCCGCUGGUUUGGAUGCUCGCAUUGUCGAAUCUCCCAUGGCAUAUGCCAGUGCCUAUCAGCGCAAAUUCCCACAAGCCAACAAGACAGUCCUGAUGAUUGAUAUGGGACAUGCUCAAACUUCCGUGUCGGUGGUCCAAUUUGGUACAAAGGAAGAACAAGCAGAAGACAAAUCCACAAAACCAUCCUUCCAAGUCCUCGCUGCCAAAUCCCAUUCCUCCUUGGGUGCCGCCAGUGUCGAUGUCCGAUUGUGGCAUCAUUUUCAAAGCACCAUGACCCAACUGAAAGAUGUCAAACCCAAAUCCCGCGCCGGACAACGAUUGCUGGCGGGAACACACAAACUCAAGCAUUUAUUGUCGCAAUUGCCCGAGGGAUCGGUGACGGUGGAAAAUAUCAACGAUGCCGAUAUUACCCUCUCGGCGACACGUACACUAUUGAGUGAAUUGUGCGAUCCGGAUGCCCAAGCCUUGACGGAAUUGAUUCAAUCGACACUGGCUGAUCAAACAGUGGAUGCGGUGGAAGUACUGGGGGGUGGGUGUCGGAUUCCCUGGGUGCAAGCGGUCAUUCAAACGGUGGUCGGGAAUGAACAAACAUUGUCGCGGAGUUUGGACGAUACAUCGGCAGCGUUGGGAGCGGCGUUGUUGGCAGAGGAGGAAUCCUCCAACAUUAGUGUCGAACAACAGCCAUCUGCACAAGUGUUGGAACGACGACAACAAUUGCGACAGGCCGAAGUAACCAUGGCCACGUUGGAUGCCGAAGAAACCGCCAAGGCAGACAUUCGCAAUCACAUGGAAGCCCAGGUGCUCGAAUUGCGAUCGGCCAAACAUGGCAAACACGGGGCGCUGUUGCCCAAUCUUGACGACUAUCUCAAUGGACUCGACGAUUGGUUGUUUUCCGAAGAAUGCGACAAUGCCACACGGGAACAAAUGGAAGCCAAACGCAAUGAAAUGGAAACCAGCACCAAAGAGAAGUGUGCGUCAUACUAUGCUGCCAUUCAAAAAGAACAAGAUGCCAAGGAAAAGGAAAUGGAAGAAGAGGCCAAAAAGGCACAACUGGAAAAGAAUGGUGAAGAAGACGAAGAAGAUCACGACAAUCGACGUUUGCCCAAGAAACGACGUAUGGAAAUUGUCAUGAAGAAUAAGGAAGAAGCCAAUGAGUUGUUCAAAGACGGAAACUGGCGCUUCGCUGCAGCUCGUUACACCAAAGCGUUGACACAUUGCGCCAAGUUUGUGGAUUUGGCUCCCGACGACGUCAAGGAAGUGACUGCCUUGAAGGUCACGCUCAACUUGAACCUGGCACUGGCCUACACGAAAAUGGACAAUGUGGAUCAAGCAUUGCGAGUCUGCAACGAAGCCCUAUCGUUGGACGAUACGUCUGCCAAAGCGUACUAUCGACGGGCAUCGGUGUUCUACGAAAAGAAGCGAUGGGAUGAUGCCAAGAAGGAUAUUACUCAGGCCAAAAAGUUGGCGGAAAAUGACAAGGCCAUUCAAAAGCUUGGGGAGCGCAUUGAGUUGCAACUCAAGAAACAAAAGCAAAAGGAAAAGAAAAUGGCCAGCAAGAUGUUUGGAUGAGUUAGUCAGUUGAAUGCCGGUCGGUGGAAUGGAUCAGGGAAAGCAUGUAUUAGACUAGGUCCGCCGGUUGCUAGAUCGUAGAGUGGAAGUUGAAAAUAACUCGAUCACGUUGAGUGUUUUUGACUGCGCUAGCUAGUAGUAGACAGAUUUGCUAUUGCAU